AUGGAUAGGAAAACAAGGUCAGGCAAGGUUGUUCUAAUAGGUGAUGGUGCUUGUGGAAAAACAUGUCUGCUAGAAGUGUUUAAAAGCAAUAGAUUCCCGGAAGAGUAUGUGCCCACUGUUGUAGACAACUUUUUAAAAGUUGUAGAGUUUGAAAAUGGAAAGAAAAUAACGCUUGCGCUUUGGGAUACUGCUGGACAAGAUGACUAUGAUACUAUAAGACCACUCUCGUAUAGAGAAACAGACCUUGUAAUAAUAUGCUAUUCAAUUGAAGAUAAGAACUGUGUGGAUGGCAUUGAAAAUAAGUGGCUGCUGGAAGUAAAGAACUACUGUCCAAAUGCAAAGUAUUUUUUAGUAGCAUUAAAAAAAGAUCUUAGAAAUGACCCUCAAGUCGAUCAAUCCACUUUGUUAACAGAAGAAGAAGGCGCAGGAUUAGCAAAGAAAAUUAAAGCAGAAAAAUUCUUUGAAUGCUCUGCCCUGGCAAGAGAAAAUAUAAACGAAAUUUUUGAGGCUGCAGGUGAGUAUAUUUAUUAUAACAGUGAGACACUUGAGCCAGAAGAAACCUGUUGCGGUAGAUUUGUAAAUUGGUGCAGGUGCUGUGGCAAAUAA